AUGGAUAAGAUCAGGAGAGCCAAGGAUGCCUUGACCGGCCAUAGCUCAGGGACCCAGAAUGCACAGGUCACCCAAGGGAGUGGAAAGGACGCGAGGGUUGAAUACGCUCCUGGCCAACGCGCGGAGAAGAAAGGAGCGCCAUCCAAGGCCAACCCCGACAUCAACAAUGUUUUCAAUGACGAGAUUAAUAAGCACUACCCCUAA